UUGCAAUUCCAUUUCUAGUGCGCCGGCGAACGAUUGCAGUUUAGUUUUCUUUUUGUGCGAAUAAGAAUCGGAAAAAACCCAACCCAGUGAAAAUGUUGACCAAAGUAUGCGGUAUGCGGUUGAACACCUACGGUAUGGUUGUGGGAUGGCUGGGCGUGAUUUGGUCGUUUUUGGCAGUGAUCUUGCUAGGCACUGCCCUCGGAUUUGUUGAUGAAAUCGCAGAAGAGGUCGCCAAGUCCAAUCAAAAAAUGAGUGUCAGCCAAAUUCGUACUGUGCUGGUGAUAGCGUUCAGCGUCUUUUUGGCUCUGAAAGUAAUAAAUCUGCUGUCCUCGUCUCUUCUGGUGAUGGGCACUGUUAAGGAGCGUCACCUACUCCUGCUGCCCUGGCUGAUCAACUCCGGCAUAGCCCUUUUCUUCACCAUCAUCUACACUGCGGCCGUAUGGGUGGUGGCCAUUGGUUACUCACCUUUUCUCCAGGCUAUUCCACAACUCCUGGUCUCUGGCGGUCUUCUCGGGCUUUGGUGGUAUCUGUACUACGGCGUAUACUCGCUGUUCAAGCAUCUACAGCUUUCCAGCGAUCAGCAGCGCCCGCUGAUGCAGGGACCACCCCAAAGGUCGGGCGAGCAUUCGGCCACCACCUAUCCGAAUUACACCAAGAUCUAAAUGGGAAUUGGAAACGAAGUCAUUCGAACAAAGCGAAUUCCCUUCUAACUAUAUUUAAAAACAUACAUGUAUAUCCGCAUAUACUUACCCACAACCCCAUCCCCGUAUGCCUAUUCUUCAUCGAAUAUGAUCGCUCAGAUGCCAAACAAAUAUUUGCCAUUUUUGCUGAUAACAUUAAAAUAUAUUUUCUACACAGACUAAAAA